AAGUUUUACAGUUUGUUUGGCAUCGUAUUUCGAAACGCUGUCCUUUUCUGUCCGCCAUUACACUCAACGUGUUUCUUUCCGCUGAUCGCUGUUCAUAGAGCCAUUAAUCAACAUGCAGAACGACGCUGGUGAAAACGUGGAUCUGUACAUCCCUCGAAAAUGCUCCGCCAGCAACAGAAUCAUCCAUGCUAAAGACCAUGCUUCAAUUCAAAUUAAUGUAGCAGAUGUUGAUGAGAAGACAGGCAUUGCUCUGCCUACCUUCAAAACUUAUGCUAUCUGUGGCUCUAUUCGCCGAAUGGGAGAAUCAGAUGAUUGCAUUAACCGACUAGCCAAGAAAGAUGGAGUCCUUGCCAAGAAUUUCUAAAUUUUCUUGUUGGGUUCAAAGGGUUGAAUGAAAAAUAAAAAUUUUCUUACCCAGAA